AUGUACUUAGAAAACUGCAACGUUUCCUUAGAAGACUGCCUGCUGAGUGAAGUGAUUUUACCAGAUACAAACAUAUCUCAGUUCGACCCAGAGCCUUAUCCAGAUUUCACGCAAAUCACGUCCGUGCGGCUGUGUUACAUUGUUGUGUUCCUAAUCGUGAUGACUUUUGCUGUUCUUGGUAAUGCCAUCGUUUGCACAACUGUCUUCAGCAAUCGGAAGAUGCACACUGCUGUGAACUACUAUAUCGUCAACCUUGCUGUUUGUGAUUUCAUGGUGGGAAUUUUUGUGCUUCCUGUUAAGCUGCUAGAAUUGACUGCCCCUGCCGAGUGGGGCAUUCUCAAUGAUGGACUCUGCACUGCCAUGAUGUACUUGCAGACGAUUUUCGUGUUUGCAAGCGUCCUGACACUUGUGGCCAUCUGCAUAGAAAGGUAUAUGGCAGUUAUACAUCCACUUGAAUCCAGAAUGCAGCAGACCAAAUCUAGAGCCAAGCGUAUUUUAUUGGUAGUAUGGUUUUUACCAUGCGUGGUGGCUAUUCCAUUUCUUUACCCUUCUCAAGCUUUUUCCAACACACUGCAGAGUGAUUUCGGGACGAUUUCGCGUUUGACCUGCUUCAUCAGUCUGCCAGAAGAAAUACGCCGAGCAUAUUACACGUUCCUCUUUGUGUUUAUCUACCUGAUGCCACUUAGUUUCAUUGGUGGAACAUGCUGUCAAGUUGCCCGCUGCUUGCUCAAGGACAUACCUGCUCAUAGGCAAGGAAGUAUUCGCAGACAGGAGACCAAUCGGAGAAAGGUGGCCAAAAUGGUGAUGAUGGUAGUUCUGGCAUUCGUCGUCAACUGGACACCAUAUUUCUUGGUCAGCAUCAUCACUCAAUACCAAGCAGUAAACUUCAUGGAGAGAGAGAACUUCUUCUUCACCAUGCUGAACAUCAACCUAUUCGCGUUUGCCAACUCCUGCGUCAACCCCUUCAUCUAUGCGUCCAUGAGCACACGAUUCCGGAAUGGAUUCCUCCGGUUCUUCAGGGCUGUCUGUAUGCUGGGGCUCUGUUCACCAACUGACGCGGAAACGGAACUAAAAUCCAUUGCUGCCACUAAAGUACGAGGACCUGGACACGUGCGGUUUCAGUGUCAAGUUCCAAUGUCGUGUUUAGUCACUCAGAGCUCAACAGAAAGUGGAAGUGGAAUCAAUAGUGAUGCCAGUCAACGUACAGCUUGUACAAGUGAUGUCAGCAACCGAAGGCUGACUUCCACAAUUCUGAGAAUACUUCGCUUGCAGAAAAAACACAGUACGAGAGUUACUGUUCAAUAUAUAAAUAGUAAAAUUGAUCAGUGUACCAUAAAUGGUUUAAAAACUGGUGUGCCCAACGAUUUGGAAAAAAUGCGAGACAUCGCGAGUGAAACACGAGCUUCUACUUCUUCACUUCCCUUCAAAACGUGCUCCAGCAUGAAUGACAUAUGUGCAUUGAAAAGUUCUUUGGAAGCAUCUUUUCACGAUUCGGCAAUCCGUCUGAAAAAAUGGUCGUCUUAUCUGGAUGUUCCAAAUGCGCGUUCUAUGCCUUCCAAUUGUGUAUAAUAGUCACAUUUGUACAUCUAAUGUUCUACUAUAUCAGGAUUUGGAAAAUAAUUUUAAUAAUGAAAGUUUUCAGUAAAGAAUGCCAUUGACAAAAAAGUUUUGAUAAAACGGAACAAAUCAUACCAGGCGGGAUAUGUUCUUGCUUAUAGAGCACAUAAACGA